GCCUGAGCACCCUCCUCCUCCUCCUCUUGGAUCGCACAGCCUGCCUGCUCUCGUCCACUUUCUCUUUUUCACUCUCUCUUCAUACCUCUCGCUCUCUCUGCUCUCUCCCGUCUUUUACCUCUCUUUCUGUCUCUCACUCUCUCUCUCUCUCUCUGUCCUUCACUUCCCUUCAGCUGCCAGAAGCUCGCUGGCUCGCCGCUCUUCCUUCAACCACUGAGGUUUCAGAAGCACUCGGGACGAAGACUCUGUCACCGGAGCCAAGAUGGCAAUGAGCAGCAUCCUCAACGCUGAUGACAUCAAGAAAGCUCUAGAUGCAUUUGCAGUUGCUGACUCCUUUGACCAUAAGAAGUUUUUUGAGAUGGUGGGUCUGAAGGCCAAGUCCUGUGAUGAUGUGAAGAAGGUCUUCACGGUGCUGGACGCCGACAACAGCGGCUUCAUAGAGGAGGAGGAGCUCAAAUUCGUGCUGAAGGGUUUUGCCAAGGACGGCAGGGACCUGACGGACAAAGAAACCAAAGCUUUUUUAAGAGCAGCCGACAAGGACGGAGACGGCAAGAUCGGAGUCGAUGAAUUUGCCGCCCUGGUGAAAGAAUAACUCAUCAAAUCGCCUCGUGUGAUCGACUAGCGCUCCGAGAUUCACCGCCUCAUCCUGACACCCCCCCUCCUCCACGCUGAGCCCACUUUUUCUCCCCCUCCCCCAGCACCUACACCCCUCACCACCUCCACCCUGACUCCCGGCCCACUAGACUGCAGCUGACCCCCCCUCCUCCCCCACAAGCUAUCCUAUUUAUUUUAUCCUUUUUAUACAAACUGUUUCUUGUUUCCGUUGAUGUGUAGAAAUAAAACUUGCCUGCAGGAAUAAACUUCACAUUUUAAAGCUUAAAGUAGAUAUUUACAGAAAACAGAGAUUUUAAGAGAAAGACUCUCAUUUCCUUUUCUCUUC